AUCAAUCUUAUAUCGAUACGGCAGCUCUAUAAAAGACUUGAUUAGAUGGAAUAUUCAUACUAUGAAGUUUCUUCUCUUCGUUUUCGUCUUCUUCCACUUGAGCAUCGCUGCAAAAAUUGACGAUGAUGCAGAAAAAAAGCGCUUCUGUUCUGAAGGAUGCCCAUACUUAAAAAAUUUAAAUAAAGAUCCAAAUGCUAAGAUAAAUGUUAAGGAACUGUUUGAGAAAUGCAAGACGGACCCCAAAGUACCGAAAUAUAUCUGUGAGGAUGAUGAAAAACCUGACCAGAAAACCACGAAGGCACUGGAGAAGUUUACAUGGACACAGAUAUGCAAGACGAUAUGCGGCAACUAAAUGGCUUUUUUUGAACUCAGACAACAUUCUGUUGUACUCGAAUCUGAUAAAUA